CCUUGGUGACGCCCACACUGACACUGCUCCUGUCGCCCGCUGCAGCCAGAGGAACUGACCCUGAUGCUCAUCAAGCUCCGGCGGCAGCAGGCCGAGCUCAACAGCCUUCGUGAGCACACGCUCGCUCAGCUAAUGCAGCUAAACCUGGAUGCCACUAAGCCAAAGAGUGAAAUCCUUUCCCAUCACCUACAGAGGAAUCUGGUGUACUUGGACAGCCAGCAGAUGAGCCCUGAAGAGUACAGAGAAAACACCUACUUAUUCCGACCCGAGGAGCUGGACAUUGAUGCGAAGUUAAGUCGACUGUGUGAGCAGGAUAAAGUAGUGAGAACUCAAGAAGAAAAACUGCAGCAGCUCCACAGAGAAAAGCACACGCUGGAGACGGCCUUACUGUCGGCCAGUCAGGAGAUCGAGAUGAGCUCUGAAAACCCCACGGCCGUGCAGAGCGUCAUCCAGCAGCGGGACGUCCUACAGAGCGGUCUGCUCAGCACCUGCAGAGAGCUGUCACGUGUCAACACUGAGCUGGAGCGGAGCUUGAGAGAGUACGAUCGACUGGAGGCGGACGUCACCAUGGCCAAAACAAACCUGCUGGAGCAGCUCGAAGCCCUCGGGAGCCCACAGACGGAGCCGCCCAGCCAAAAACACGUUCAGAUCCAGAAGGAGUUGUGGCGGAUUCAGGAUGUGAUGGAGGUGCUGAACAAGAACAAACCUAAGAGAAACGCAGAACCCAGUUUUCCUGGUGCAAACCCCCUGUCAAACCUGCAUAAAAGUGAAGAGUCAGACUCAGUGCCUCCUCGUCCUCCUCUCCCGUACUCGUAUGAGGGGGGAGACCGGCCGCCUCACGCCCCCCGCACAACCCCUCACCGGCCCGAGGACCGCAAGGCCGCCCAGCGCAACGGUGCCCACAGCGGGCCCGACUACAGACUGUAUAAGAGCGAGCCGGAGCUCACCACGGUAGCUGAAGUCGACGAGAGCAAUGGCGAAGACAAAUCUGAGCAGACGGCAGAGAAAGAGUCGCCCGGUGUCACCAAAGGUGUAGUUUACACCAUCGGCGUGGUCAGUCCCAGGAAUAAAUCACCCAUGCCUGAAUCGUCCACCAUCGCCUCUUAUGUCACCUUGAGAAAGAGCAAGAAACCUGAUCCCAGAACAUCCCAGCCGCAGGACCGUCCUCACAGUGCGGUGGAGCACAUGAUUGGCGCAGCAGAGGUGGGCCGAACACGCAUGAGCGUCGAGGAGCAGAUGGAGCGAAUCAGGAGGCACCAGCAGGGGGCGAUACGUGAACGGAGGAGAGAGGACGGAUCGCUGUCCCGAAGCCUCUCCUUCACUAAAGACAACCCCUACUACACCCUACAGAUGCGUAAGAAGAGCCCGGCGAUCUCUCCGGAUGAGCUGGACGACCGCAGAGACACCAAACCGACCCAUGCAGAAAAAAACUGCAAGAAUACUGAAGAUCUGGAAUCUGGAAAUGCCAACCUGGAGAAGAAGGAGAGAGCGCUCCUGUCCCGGUCUGCCUCCGUUAAAGAGUAUCUCCUGAAGUGCGCGGGGCCAAAACCAGUGCUGAACAGGGACCAGACAGAUCCCAGAUGUGUGAGUCCACUGGAGUACCGCAGGACCCUGGCCACUCAGAACAGCUUACAGACGGCCCUCAUGGUGCGCGUGGGCACUGAGGAAGACGAGGAGGAGGAGGAGGAUGAAGAGAAGCCCUCCAGUCAACAGCAGGACGUGUCUUAUGAGCUGACCAACAGCAAACACGGCACGCUGACGUCAGCAGCCCCUCCACCCACAUCAGUGAAGCAUGUGAGAGGACGUCCCACCGUGAGCCACACACAUCAUCAUCAUCAUCAUGAGACAGACAGGACAUCAUCAGCUGACCGACACACAGCGACGUCCAGGCCUUAGUUCACACGAUUCAUUUAUAGUGCUUAUUUAUAUUCCUAUUGUUCCCUUUUGUUUUCUGUAGACCCCAGAGUUGAGUUGUGUUUGAUUGGAGGUGCUAUUAAACUCUCUCUGAUGUACAUUACAGCACCCAGACUCUCUCUCUCAACAGGAAGUGGAGCGUAAAGCCCACUUAUUUAAUUCGGACUGCCGAGGGUUGUGUUCAUCGUUCGCUUGUUUUUAUAUGGAUUUUAAUCAGUCGCUCCCGGUUUUAUCUAUUGUUGGUCGACGCGAUUUUUAGUACUCAUAUCUUUUGCACUGUACGACACCCAUCGUUGCUUUUUUGAUAUCAGAGGAUUUAUGUAUAAACGAUGUACAACUAUAAACUUUCAAUAAGGUGCCACCGUACUGCUGCCGAAGGACAGGAUUUGUAAAUGAUCUGUAUGUUGGAUAGUCCGCAAUAGCCACCACACUGUUUCCCGACACACUCAUGAAUGUUCCAGCUUAUGUUUUAUUUUUCUAUGGCUGAGAGAUAUUUAAGUAGAGAGACGAGUACAGCGUAUUACCAUUUUAAGAAGAGUAUUUCAGAGGUUUGAGGAGCAAGCGUUUAUAACGGUUGAUAAAGCAAUAAGCAGGGUUUGGUGUUCAACUUUGAUGUAUAAACUGUAAAGUUCAUGAUGUAUAUACUGUACACCAUUCUAUGAGCAGAGCAGACACACAGAAGAGGUUAUGUAUCAGAGUCAAUAUGCAAAUGUUCAUAUUUCAUCUGUUUUAUAUCAUGUGAAAUAAAUGUUGAUGUUCUUAUACAGUA